AUGCCUCCGAUACUUCCACCCCCCGACGAGCAAGAGUACGAUCAGCCCUUGACAAUCGAUGGCCUACCGGGGCGCGAUCUGGCUGCUGGAAACAACCUCUUCUUCUAUUUCACCUCGUCGCCAUGGUUCGAUCCGGAAGACUGUAUCAACAUAGCCAUCUUCACCAAUCUUAACCUCCAGGAUCCGGCCAAUGCUCAGACUAUUAUGAACGAUCCAAAACUAUGGAAUCAGCGAAUCAAAGAGACACCUAAAGGAAUACAAUAUGUCAUAGCAGGUGAAGGGCAGGGCGAGGGUCACCCAUGGCUACUCCAGCGGCAACACAAGGCCGAAAUCACAAAGGAUGAUGGCAGCAAGGAGAUCGGCAUGUUUGUCGAGGGGAACUGGUACACGCACGGAACAAAGGUCCUCAUGGCGCCGAGCUUGCUGGACGUGGUGCAGAGUCGAUUGCUCACUGUUGCGACGCGCAUGGAGCAGAUGGCUGAGAUAUCAAAGAACAUGACGCACUGGACACCUGCAACGGGGUACUCGUACUUUCCUCCCUCACAUGAAACUUCAAAGGCUGCGACGACGGCCAGUCGAAUCGGUAGUCCGACACUGGCGCCAACGGACCCAGAUGUUGCAGGCUCGCAGUCACAAGGCGCCGGAGCGGGUGCAACUUCACAAACAACAGAUCCACUGGCAUCCACCACCGAGUUCUCUGAUGCCUUGUUCAUGCAUUCUCUCAAUCUCACAAACGCGUAUGGAGACGAAUACAUGGACGAGAAUCCACUCAAGGGCGAGCCGGGCGCGUUUGUUUUCGAGGGCACCAAGACUGCUGUGAGCGCGAGGAACAAGGCACAGGAACAAGCAGCGCAAGCAUCUCUGUCUGCACCGCCUGUGGGACUGAAGAUCGAGACUCAGCCGCCGAGCGUGGCACCGUCUGCUGUGGGUACACCAAGAGGGGUAGCGACGCCGACUACUGCGGAGACACAGGGGAAGAAGGGGGCUAUUGGUGCUGCGCCGAAGAAAAAGAAGGAUAGAAGGAAGAGUCAGGGUGGGCUGACGAGUCCGACUACGCCGAGUGUGCCGUAA